GCCAUACACGAGGUAUACAAAUUUUCCGAAUUAUUGCACUAUCUUUAGUGAUACCAGCCAUCACAUGUUCAUUUGGUGUGACAUGUUACAUUUGCUUUGAGCAAAGCCGAUACAACCGCCGAGCAGCGGCUGCAGUCCAGAACACUACGGCCGCUACAGCAGCCGCCGUAGCACCACAACCGGAAACGACCACCGGCCUCGACGAAUCGACGAUCGAAUCCUACACAAAAGUUGUGCUAGGAGAAAGUCGGAGAGUUCCAGGGCCAAAUCAUGGAACUUGUCCAAUAUGUUUGGCAGAGUACCAUCCUAAAGAGACAGUGAGAUGCAUACCUGAGUGUGAACAUUGUUUCCAUGCAGAAUGCAUUGAUGAAUGGUUAAAGAUCAAUGGUACUUGUCCUGUUUGUAGAAAUACUCCUUCUCCUGCUCAUGUUAAUUCUUAAUAACACGUUCUAAUUUCCCACA